AAGGACAGCCGAGAAAAAAAUGGAAUUUAACUGCGAGAGCAAGUUGGAAAUUUUGCAGGCUCAAAUUACGCUGCUUUCAAAGUUGCCUUAGCAGCCUAAUCAAUGUACAAUUAUACAAUCAAAAUAAUAGACCAGCUAGCAAGGGACCUGUAUUUUGGCUGAAUCUUCCAACACCAAGUCAACUGUGAGCAACAAGUCAAGCAAAUAAUUCAUCAGUAAUGGAGGAUAGAGUUACCAUAAAUGAGGACCUCACCUUCAUUUUAGAUAACAAGACUUAUCAUUUAGUAGUUGCUUGCAUCUGAAAAAGUUUUGAAUAGAGAGAAUUCAGAAAUGGGUUCUGUCGGAGAACGCCGCGAGGAGGUUCAGCAAAGAAGUUACUGGAGAUGGAGCAAGCAAGACUUCUUACCAGAAGAAUCCUUUCAAAGCUGGGAUAACUACCUUCAUGCAUUGUCCCAGACAGGUCUUCGGUUCAAGGACCGUCUAGUAAGCAGGUCAGAUGAUGCUGUUGAGAUUGAUGUGCUUCGGAAACAAAGUGAGAAUGACAUGAAACGUUGCCUAACCUGGUGGGAUCUCACGUGGUUUGGAUUUGGUGCAGUGAUUGGAGCUGGUAUCUUUGUACUCACUGGACAGGAAGCUAAUAAAGAUGCUGGACCAGCCAUUGUUUUAUCCUAUGUUGCUUCGGGUCUUUCUGCAAUGCUCUCUGUCUUCUGCUACACUGAAUUUGCAAUAGAGAUCCCAGUAGCAGGUGGAUCAUUUGCUUACUUAAGAAUUGAAUUAGGAGACUUUGCAGCGUUCAUCACAGCUGGAAACAUACUUCUUGAAAGCAUUGUAGGAAGUGCAGCAGUUGCAAGAUCAUGGACUUCUUAUUUCACAACUCUUUUGAACCGUAAAUCCAACUCAUUGGUGAUCCACACAAAUCUCAAAGAAGGGUACAAUCUCCUGGACCCAAUAGCUGUUGGAGUCCUGGCAAUUUCAGCAACAAUUGCAAUGAUUAGUGCAAGGAAAACUUCACAACUGAAUUGGAUUGCAUCUGCAGUUAAUACCAUAGUAAUUUUAUUUGUGAUUAUUGCAGGGUUUGCUCAUGCCAACACUUCUAAUUUGACACCCUUCGUCCCUUUUGGGGCUGCGGGUGUAUUCAGAGCAGCUGCAAUUGUUUACUUUGCCUAUGGAGGAUUUGACAAUAUUGCCACCAUGGCAGAAGAAACAAAAAACCCAUCAAGAGAUAUACCCAUUGGACUGCUUGGUUCAAUGUCAAUCAUCACAGUGAUAUAUUGCUUAAUGGCACUUUCACUAACCAUGAUGCAGAAAUACACAAACAUAGAUCAAUAUGCACCUUAUCCAAUUGCAUUUCAGAGUGUCGGGUUGAAAUGGGCAAAAUACGUGGUCGCUCUUGGUGCCCUUAAAGGGAUGACAACUGUUCUUCUAGUAGGGGCACUUGGACAGGCACGGUAUACUACUCACAUUGCACGAGCCCACAUGAUCCCACCAUGGUUUGCACUUGUUCAUCCAAAGACUGGAACACCAAUUAAUGCCACACUUCUUCUCGCAAUUGCAACUGCUGUCCUUGCUUUCUUUUCAAGCUUGGAUAUCUUGUCAACCUUGUUAUCAGUGAGCACACUCUUUAUAUUCAUGAUGAUGGCUGUUGCCCUUCUCGUGAGGAGAUACUACGUGCGAGAAAUGACACCAAGAGUGCAUCUCGUGAAGCUUGUUAUCUUUCUACUGAUUAUUAUUGCUUCCUCAAUGGGUACCUCAGCUUACUGGGGAUUAAGGCCUGGUGGUUGGGUUGGCUAUGUCAUCACAAUUCCUCUUUGGUUCUUGGCGACUUUAGCGAUACAACUGUUUCUGCCUCAGCAGAGAACACCAAAAGUAUGGGGAGUUCCACUUGUUCCAUGGCUUCCAUCGUUGUCAAUUGCAACAAAUAUCUUUCUUAUGGGAUCUUUGGGCCAGGAUGCUUUCAUAAGAUUUGCAAUCUGCACACUUGUAAUGCUGGUUUACUAUUUUUUAUUUGGUCUCCACGCCACUUAUGAUAUGGCUCAGCAGCAAAAGGCAGAAACCCUGAAGAAUAGAAACGAUCAGGGCACAAUGGAGAGUGCAAGGCCCUAAAAUUAUUACACUCCUGACACUUCAAUCUACCUAUUCUUCUCAAAAAUGUCUUUCUGCAUUUGUUUACACUAGGAUUUUCAGUUCUCAUAUGGGCAAUCUGGUUGAGGUUGCCGCCUUCAGUGUAAAAUAAAAAAUAAAGAAAAAAAUCUCUA